CUCAGGGGUCGAAGUACAUUAGGACGUAUACCAUUUUGAUUUUUUUCCGAAGUCGGUCAACAUUUAUCGAAGUUACCAGCUUUUGCAAAUUUCAUUAAAAUUCGUCGUUUUUUUCCCGAGAAUUUUUAGUUCAUUGUGUAGACGUUACAGAUUGGAGUACUGAGACAACAACAUGUCCACUGAUCAAGAAACACAAUUUAUUUUCUUCUGUAAUGGACGAAAGAUUACUGACAACAGUGUUGAUCCAAGCAUGAUGUUGCUCAGUUAUCUGCGACUGAAAUUGAGGUUGACAGGUUCCAAGCUCGGCUGUGGUGAAGGAGGAUGUGGAGCCUGUACUGUCAUGGUAUCAAGCUACGACAAGGCGACGAAAAAAAUUUCUCACAUCUCAGUAAACGCGUGCCUGACCCCAAUAUGCCAGAUUCACAUGAUGGCGGUUACAACAGUAGAGGGCAUUGGAAGCUUGAAGACGGGACUACAUCCGGUUCAGGAAAGGAUUGCAAAAUCGCACGGGUCUCAGUGCGGCUUCUGUACUCCUGGCAUCGUUAUGUCAAUGUAUACUCUUCUAAGAAACAACCACCAGCCAACUAUGUCAGACGUUGAGGACACUUUUCAGGGAAAUCUUUGUAGAUGUACUGGAUAUCGACCGAUCCUAGAAGGAUUCCGAACUUUCACAAAGAAUAAUGACUUCACUGAUACAGAAUAUUUGGCUUGUAAUGGUGGAACUCAAUGCUGUAGAUCUGGGGGCGGAAUCAAUGGGAUAUCCAAAACGCUUUUUCAGCCUUCAAAGUUCACCGCAUAUGAUCCGAGCACUGAAAUCAUUUUCCCUCCUGAGCUUAUUUUGAUGUUAGAAAAUGAAAAACCAAAGCUUUUAAGAUUUACUGGUGAAGACGUCACUUGGCUGAGACCUACCAAUCUUCACCAACUCUUCGAUAUCAGAAAACAGUUUCCAAAUUCAAAACUGGUUUCGGGAAAUACGGAAUUGGGGGUCGACGUGAAUCUGAAGAAAGUGAGAUAUCCCAUAUUAGUUUCACUUACCCACAUUACUGAGUUGAACACAGUUGAAUCAUGCGAUGUUGGUGUAAAAAUUGGAGCAUCAGUUACACUAUCAAGAAUUGAGGAAUUUUUGAGUAACGCAAUUAAAAAGAUUCCAGAUCACAAAUGUAAAUCGCUGUUCGCAAUUGUUGAUAUGCUUCAUUGGUUUGCCGGUCAGCAAAUACGAAACGUGGCCUCAAUUGGUGGAAAUAUAAUUACCGGAAGUCCUAUUUCUGAUUUGAACCCAAUAUUUAUGGCGUCUGGAUGCACUCUUGAGGUUGUCGAUACAGAAGGUGUUCGGCGUUUAAUUCCAAUUGUAAAUAAAUUCUUUACUGGUUAUCGGACAAAUUCGAUGAAGCCCAAUGAGAUUCUCAUAUCAGUCACUGUUCCAUACACAAAUAAGUCGGAGCAUUUCAAAGCAUUUAAACAAGCCCAUCGCCGUGAUGACGACAUCGCUAUAGUGAAUGCUGCCUUCAGGGUGGACUUACAAGAUGAAGUCAUCCAGAGCUGUUCAAUGGUAUUUGGUGGAAUGGCGCCCACAACAAAAUUAGCAAAGGAAACGAUGAGCAAGAUUAUUGGAAGGACGUGGGAUCAAUCAUUACUUGAAGAUACAACCAUACUCCUUGCCGACGAGAUGUCCCUUCCACCUGACGCACCCGGAGGAAUGGUGGAGUACAGACAGUCCCUCGUACUCAGUUUCUUUUUCAAGUUUUACCUGACUGUGAGACAACACUGCUCAUUUUCCGAGACCAUACUCCUUGCCGACGAGAUGUCCCUUCCACCUGACGCACCCGGAGGAAUGGUGGAGUACAGACAGUCCCUCGUACUCAGUUUCUUUUUCAAGUUUUACCUGACUGUGAGACAACACUGCUCAUUUUCCGAGAAUAAAUGUAUCAAUAUACAAUCAGUAGAUAUGUCAGCAACACUUCCCUUCAAAAGAGCCGAUAAACGGAGCACUCAGAUGUUUCAGGAGAUCCCUGAUAAUCAAUCCUCUGUUGAUCCUGUUGGCCGCCCAAUGGUUCAUUCGUCGGCCUACCAGCAGGCUACUGGAGAAGCUGUCUACAUCGAUGAUAUAGUUCCAUUUCAAGAUGAACUCUACAUGGCCAUUGUAUUCAGCCAGAAAGCACAUGCAAUAAUUAACGAUGACUUAAUGCAGAUUAUUUUGGUUUGGUUGCUGGACGUUAUAUAUAUGCUAUUAUUUUUCAAAUUGCCUGCUAGGUGUGUUGACGCUACAGCAGCGUUGCGCAUGCCUGGGGUCUAUGCGUUUAUCGACCACAAUGACGUCACAGGAAGUAACUUUUUUGGUGAACUUGGACAGGGUGAGGAACUCUUCGCUACAGUAAAGGUAACUUGUGUCGGCCAAUACAUCGGAGGAAUCGUAGCAGACAACAAGGAGAUAGCGCAACGAGCAGCCAGAAUGGUUCGUGUGGAAUAUCAAGAAUUAGAACCAAUCAUCUCCAUUGAAGAUGCCAUUGCAAAAGGAAGUUAUUUACAGCCAAUCAGAACACUGAGAAAUGGCAACGUGUCGGAUGGGUAUAAUAACUCAGACCAAAUUAUUAAAGGCGAAAUAAAACUUGGAGAACAGGAGCAUUUUUACUUAGAAACACAAACUGGAUUAGCUCUACCAAAAAGAGAAGACAACGUCAUGGAAAUUUUGUCCUCAUGUCAAGAUCAAAGAUUUAUGCAGGCAAGAGUUGCAAAUGUUCUGGGUGUACAGUUUCACAAGAUCACGGUUCGAGUGAAAAGACUCGGAGGCGGCUUUGGCGGGAAAGAAACACGUUGUUGGCAUCUUUCUGCUGCUCUUGCAGUCGCAGCCAAAAGAGUUGGGCGACCAGUGCGAUGUAUGCUUGACCGCGGUGAGGACAUGUCGAGUACGGGAACCAGACAUGCUUUUCUGGGACGUUAUAAGGUUGGCUUUACUAAUGAGGGCAAGAUACAAGCAUUGGAGAUUGAUCUGUACAGCAAUAGCGGAAAUUCUCAGGAUUCAUCAAUUUCAGUAAUGGAAUGUGCAAUGCUUCGUAUGCAAAACGCUUAUUACAUCCCUAAUGUAACAGUUAGAGGGUACUGUUGCAAGACCAACAUCCCUUCGAAUACAGCAUUUAGAGGAUUUGGAACUCCUCAGGCGCUGAUGAUGACAGAGAACUGGAUCUCCGACAUUGCGUUGGCGUGUGGCAUUUCACAGAGAAAGGUGCGAGAGAUUAAUAUGCUUCAAGAUGGCGAAUCGACAUACUGCAAUCAGAAAGUGCAGGACCUGUACCUAAUAAAAAGAUGCUGGAACGAAUGCUUAAAUAAAAGUGAUUAUGAAAUGAGACAGUUACAAGUAAAUGAGUUCAACAGAUCAAACAGAUGGAAGAAGCGAGGAAUAUCAAUAAUCCCACUCUCAUAUGGAGUCGGCUUUCAUGCAAAAUUUUUGAAUCAGGCAGGGGCAUUAGUGAUCAUUUAUACCGACGGAAGUGUUCUAUUGACACAUGGAGGUGUUGAGAUGGGACAGGGGCUGCACACUAAGAUGAUCCAAGUUGCGAGCCGAACACUGGGAAUUGCGUCAAACAGAAUUUACACAAAUGAGAAUUCAACGAGCACAGUACCAAAUACGUCGCAAACGGCAGCCAGUGUUGGCUCAGAUCUGAACGGAAUGGCAGUUAAGAUUGCAUGCGAGAAGUUAUGUCGAAGACUUGAGCCCUACAGAAAUCGAGAGCCAAGCAAAACAUGGGAUGACUGGGUUAAAGCAGCCUAUUAUGAUAGAGUUAGUUUAUCUGCCACGGGGUUCUACAAGACACCUGACAUUGGCUAUGAAUGGGAUACCAAGUCUGGUGAGCCAUUCUAUUACUUCUCGUUUGGUGCGGCCGUUUCUGAGGUUGAAAUUGAUUGUCUGACUGGUGAUCACAUGGUUUUGCGGACUGACAUUGUCAUGGAUGUUGGAGACACUAUCAACCCUGCCAUUGAUAUUGGACAGAUUGAGGGCGCUUUUAUACAAGGUUAUGGUUUAUUCACUUUGGAAGAGCACCGCUGGAGUCCCACUGGCAAUUUACUGACAAAAGGACCCGGAUUUUAUAAGUUACCUGGCUUCACAGAUAUUCCUGUUGAAUUUAACGUCUCUCUUCUGGACGGGGUGCCAAAUAAAAAAGUAGUUUGCUCAUCUAAGGCAAUUGGUGAGCCACCUCUUUGCUUGGCUAUCUCUGUUUUCUAUGCCAUCAAAGAAGCCAUCUUUAGCUCCAGACGCGAUUCCGGUAUCGAAGGAAGUUUUCGAUUGGACAGCCCGGCAACUGCUGAGCGAAUCAGAAUGGCCUGCGUGGAUAAAUUCACGGGAAAGUUUCCGUCUGCUACACCUGGGACAUUCACUCCGUUCUUUAUUCGCUCAUAAGAAACGAAGAACUAUAAUACUGUAUGGUGUGUAUGGUCAUGGCACAAUAACUUGUAUUGUAUUUCGUAAUAUCUGAGUUUUUUUGCAAUCACAAUUUGAUUGAAUAGGUUAGAACCUAUUGAUCAUAUAUUUUAAAGGGAGGCCUGUACGAAAUUUGGUACAAACAUAAUCAUGGAAAACAGACAGAAGAGAAAUUAUAACAUUGCUUUUACAUGUUGCAACGUCAAGUGAGAAGAAGAACUUAAAGAAAUGCUAUUAACAAUAA